CACAAAACCCAGACAGACAGCCAAUGAAGCUUUGGCAAACAUUACAAGUUUACAGACCGUUCUGCCCCUUGAGGUCAAGUAAAGCUGAACGUGCACUGAACAGCCACAGAAGAGACUUUGGAGAAGACAAGCAGAGGCUAGAGGGUUAGUCGGAGGUGCUGUUCCAAGUGCCAGAGAUGUUUGUGCUGCUCUGUAUAACAAGUUUUGCUAUCUAUAUCAACGGUCAACCUCUCCACAGCCAGUUUAAAGGAGAAAACUACUCCACAAAAUACGUUUGUAGCAUACCUGGGUUACCGGGGCCCCCAGGUCCUCCUGGAAACCAUGGGUCACCUGGACCACAUGGGCGGAUUGGGAUCCCAGGACGAGAUGGCAGAGAAGGCAAGAAGGGAGAAAAGGGUGAGAAAGGAAACACAGGUGUAAGAGGAAAGAUGGGUCCUGCAGGACAAACUGGAGACAAAGGAGACCAAGGACAGCCUGGCAAAAGAGGACCUACAGGAUUAGUAGGAGCUAAAGGUGAUAUAGGACCUCUUGGUCCAGCAGGACCCAAAGGGGAGAAAGGAGAAAGAGGAAAAAUAGGUCCACCAGGAAUCUGUAAAUGUGGGCAAAUCGUACUGAGAUCAGCUUUCUCUGUUGGGAUUACUACAAGCUACCCAGAGGAAAGGUUGCCAAUUAUAUUCAACAAAGUCCUUUUUAAUGAAGGAGGACAUUAUAAUCCUUCAACGGGAAAGUUCAUUUGUGCCAUCCCAGGGAUUUAUUACUUCUCCUAUGACAUCACGCUGGCAAAUAAACAUCUUGCCAUUGGUCUGGUUCAUAACGGGAAGUUCCGGAUAAAGACAUUUGAUGCUAACACAGGAAACCAUGACGUGGCAUCUGGGUCCACCGUGAUUUACCUUCAGCCUGAGGAUGAGGUGUGGCUUGAGAUCUUCUACACUGACCAAAAUGGCCUCUUUUCUGAUCCUACGUGGGCAGACAGUCUGUUUUCAGGAUUUCUCUUAUAUGUAGACACAGACUAUCUUGAUGCUCUGUCAGAUGAAGAUGAUCUGUGAUGGAGGUCUCCAUACUUCUAAAUGGACAAAAGGCAGUGGACAGAAUCUGCCCUUCCCUCUUCAUAAGACAACGGCUUUGUCUGGGAUUUGGGUUUUGUUGUCAAAGGGUCCAAAGUAAAAGACUUAUUUUCAAACAAUAGAAACUUUCUUGGUUGUCUACUAUUCUUAGAAUCCCAAAAAUGGUUCUAUUAACUCAAUGAUAGAAUAGACCU